CAUCUUCUCUCUGUCCAUCUUCUAUCUCUCUUUCUCUUAUCUUUCUGCCCAUCUUCUCUCUGUCCAUCUUCUAUCUGUCUUUCUCUUAUCUUUCUGCCCAUCUUCUCUCUGUCUAUCUUCUCUCCAUCCAUAUUCUCUCUGUCCAUCUUCUCUUUCUGUCCAUCUUCUCUUUCUGCCCAUCUUCUCUCUGUCCAUCUUCUCUCCGUCCAUCUUCUUUCUGUCAAUCUUCUCUUUCUGCCCAUCUUCUCUCUGUCCAUCUUCUCUCUCCGUCCAUCUUCUCUCUGUCCAUCUUCUCUUUCGGUCCAUCUUCUCUCUGUCCAUCUUCUCUCUCUGUCCAUCUUCUUUCAGUCCAUCUUCUCUUUGUGUGAGUACAAAGGGACAGUAAAAACCUGCCACUUUGUCACGAUAGGACGGACAAAAGAGAAACCUGCGAUGCGUUUUCCGGAGAUUUUGACACUGCAGGCGGUGUGUGUGUGUGUAAGUGUGUGCGUGAGUGUGUGUGUGGCCAUGCAGCAAUACCCAGCUGCUUGGUCCCACUAUGAUGUGUGUAAGAGUCGCAUCUACACAGAGGAAGGGUUAACGUGGGACUACAUGGCCUGUCAACCAGAAGCUACAGUCAUGACCAAGUACCUGACCGUCAGCCUGGACCCGCCCAAUAUCACCUGCGGAGACCCACCUGAGACAUACUGCACACUGGAAAACCCUUACAUGUGCAACAACGAGUGUGACGCCUCCACAGAUGAACUAGCCCAUCCUCCGGAGCUCAUGUUCGACUUCGAGGGCCGCAACCCCACAACCUUCUGGCAAUCCAGUUCGUGGAAUACGUUCCCCAAACCCCUGGAGGUCAACAUCACACUGUCCUGGAACAAAACUAUCGAGCUGACGGACGACAUCAUCCUCACCUUCGAGUCCGGCCGCCCUGAGCAGAUGCUUCUGGAGAAAUCGUUAGACUAUGGUAAAACCUGGACCCCUUACCAGUUCUACGCUACCGACUGCCUCGACGCCUUCACCAUGGAGCCCAAGACGGUUAACGAGCUGACACAGCGAACCCUCCUCGACAUCAUCUGCACCGAGGACUACUCCCGAGGCUACGUGUGGAAGUACGAUAAAACCGUCCGUUUCGAGAUCAAGGAUCGGUUCGCGCUGUUCGCCGGACCGCGGCUGCACAACAUGGCAUCGCUGUACGGUCAACUGGACACCACCAGGAAUCUGCGGGACUUCUUCACGGUGACGGAUCUGAGGAUACGGCUGCUGAAACCGGCCACCGGGGCCACCGUGGUGGAUGAGAACAACCUGUCCAGAUACUUCUACGCCAUCUCUGACAUCAAGGUGCAGGGCAGAUGUAAGUGUAACCUGCACUCCAACAGCUGUGUGUUUGACAAGGACAAGGGGAAGCUGGGAUGUGAGUGUGAACACAACACAACAGGACCGGACUGCGGUCGCUGUAAGAGACACUACCACGGACGACCCUGGAGUGUCGGGUCCUACCUGCCCAUUCCCAGAGGAACUGCUAACAUCUGUAUCCAUAGCAGUCAUGUACCAGUGCAUCGAGCUAAUGCUUCAUCUCUAGGUGUUGCAAACCGUAAUCAAGCUCAUGUGUGUGACAACGCCAUGCUUCUCUGUCAGAACGGGGGAACGUGCCACCACCAUCAACGGUGCCACUGUGCUCCAGGUUUCAAAGGCGUCUUGUGUGAGAGGACCCAAUGCCAGGUCCUCGGGCACUGCGAGGAGUACCCCACUGCUGGGCAGCCAUCCCUCCACCACCCUCUCUUCUUUCACUACCUCCAUCUCCUCUACCCUCUCCUCCUGGGCCCUGCAGGUCUGCUCCUCUCCCUACUGCUCCCCCUGGUGGUGAUAUGGUUCUGCUAAGAAUUGUUGUAUUCAUUACAACUGGCCAGUGAACUUUCAACUUGGAACUGAAGAGGUCCACUUGGCCAUUUGUCAGCCAUGUUGUCAUUCUGAAGGACAGCAGGGCAGGAAGUACAUUCUGGGACAACAGAAAGACAGCUCAGAUCAGAUCUACAGAAAAAGGGAAAGAAAUUCAGCCCUGAAGGACAUGGGAUCAAGCAGGGACACUAAACAGGAUAUUACGUGCCCUGGUUCGAGGUAUAAAUAAGGAACUUUUAUUUAAUGUCAAAAGUCACCGCAAGGACUGCAAGGAUGAGAGUAGAAGUGCAAUAUUUUGUUGGCUGAUAAACUGAAUGGGUAACAAAUAAAUGCUGGAUACGUUUGGUCAGAGAGAGACACAGACAGACAGACAGACAGACAGACAGACAGACAGACAGACAGACAGACAGACAGACAGACAGACAGACAGACAGACAGACAGACUGGUUAAAAAGUCAACUUAGGGAGCUUAGACACGGGCUGUGGUAAAUGGCAAUUGAACCAUGAGAAAAUCUGCAUACCGUCUGUAGAGACCAGCGAUCCCGGUUGUUGUCAGCUCCGAAUGUUGUCAUUAAAACACUGUUUGAUUGGUUGACAAGAUGAACGAUGCUCAUUGGUCAACUAUGUGCACCGACCGCUCAAAACUUCAACUAAUUUAAUAUUUUGGUGCCUUGAGCUCCAAGCCAGAGCGGAGCUGCUCACGGAGCAAGCACCACGAACCGCGUCGCUUACAAAUAAAACAUUAGUAUUUUGCCGCCCGCCACCGUACUCCCAUUGAAGUUUAUGAGACCGUCGCCGCUUACCGUGGCCCGUCUGUAAACGCCUUUACAGUACAAUCUACAACCUACAAUCUCACUAUGGCCCUGUCCCAAAUGGCACCCUAUUCCCUAUAUAGUGCACCCUAUUCCCUAUAUAGUGCACCCUAUUCCCUAUAUAGUGCACCCUAUUCCCUAUAUAGUGCACCCUAUUCCCUAUAUAGUGCACCCAAUUUCCAAUAUAGUGCACCCAAUGGGUUCUGGUCAACAGUAGUAGACUGUAUAAGGAAUAUGGGUGCCAUUUAAAGGGAUAGUACACCCAAAUUACAAAAUGACACAUUGGCUAUCUUAUCUUGUAACCAGUCUAUGGACAUGUUAUGACAGAAAUCCAUGCUUUGGUUUUAAUUCCCUGGCACUGUUUCCAAAUGCUAAGGUUUUAUCACGUGGCACAAAUUAUUAUUUUUAUUUUAUCAGGCUAGUCAGUUAAGAACAAAUUCUUAUUUACAAUGACGGUCUACCCCUGCCAAACCUGGACGACGCUGGGGCCAAUUGUGUGCCGCCCUAUGGGACUCCCAAUCACGGCCGGAUGUGAUACAGCCUGGAUUCAAAACAGGGACUGUAGCGACACCUCUUGCACUGAGAUGCAAUGCCUUAGACCACGGCGCCACUCGGGAGCCCAAAUACCAUGUAGGUCCUGGUACCGAUACUAGCAUUUUUCACGCAUGUUUAAAUCAUCUCAAAUUGAUUUUUGAAGCUCAACAAAGUUACGUAUAGAUGAUAUGAACAUGAUGCUUGAAAAAUGCUAACAUCAGUAUUAGGACUUGUAAGGAUUUGUGCCUAAAAUGUUAAAACAUAAAUAGCAUUUGGAAACUAAACAAAUGCAUAGAUUUCUGUCAAACCUUGUCCUCAGACUUGUCCUCAGACUGCUUACAGAGUAAGAAAACCAUUAUGGAAUUUUGGAAUUUUGGUGAAUUAUCAGUUAAAGACACAUCUAAUGACAACAGAUGUUGGUAUACCAAUGUGUGACCUAGAAACAAUGUUGACAAUUUUCUCAUUCUUCGGGAACAGAUGAAUAGUCUUCACAGAGGUUAUGCCACUUAAUGUGGGCCAACCAAACUGUAGAAAACAAAACAAAAACUGAAAUCUCUCUGGAUCUGUCAUCUGCAUUACAAAGUGGUUGAGAAGUCACUCUUAGUAAAUAUUCCCCUUUCCUUCUUUCCUCCCUCCUGGUUACCUUCCCUUACCUCCUUCCCGUACUUCUAUUCCUCCUACCUGUGCUUUAGUGUCUAGUGAUUUUCUUUGGCUGCUUAAAAAGGCCAUUUUUUUGUUUUGUCAAAUGCUGCACAAGUGUUAUGAUCCAAGCUAAACUCCUUGACUACCGGUUGACUCGGAGACGAAAACCAUUGUAAUUUUUUUGCCGGCUUCGUAGUCAUGGAAACGCUUGUUGAGCUCACCUGUGUUGGAUAAAGAUGAUGUAUUGUAUUGUAGCUGUAUUUAAUGUUUGUACAAAACAAAAAGAUAUUUUCAUGAUUUUAAAAGUAAAUGAAAAAUAUGUAUUACUUUACAUUUUUGUAUCGUUGCUGGGCAGCUUGGGGUGGCAUCCUGAAGAUGUCUUCGACUCAGAAUGCAUAAAGAAAUAGUUUUAUUUUUCCUGAUAUUGUGGUUGAGACCUGCUGACAUACUGUAUGGAAAACUGUUUACAGACACACAGACAUACUGUACAGCUGCACCAAAGGGAAAUCCAGGUGUUUUCUAUUGCUUUACAGACUUCAGCAGAACACAUCAUCCAAGUACAUAAUAAUAACAUUACAAUUCAGUCAGACAAGACAUUAUAUUGUUACUCUUACAAAACCUCACUUUAGACAGUCAUAGCCUGCCCUGCUGUGUGUAAAUUCCCCAAGAUUACAGCAACAAAUCCAGGUGUCUUAUUGAUGUCAACAACAGAAAAGAUUUUCUGAGUAUAAUAUAAAACUGUUUACUUCAAAAGUGUUGCUAAACUAACUCUAUUCUACCAGUGGUGUCCCUUCUUACAUUCAUGAUGCAGCAGGUCCUCUAGAUCUCAAACCCAUUCCCCGCCGUGUGGAAAUGUACCAACGGGCUCCGAAUGAGAUUGCAUGACACUAAUUGACGGUAAUCCAGGUGAGAUUGGUAGUUGAUAUAAUCCAUGAAACCGAUGAAGAAAGGAAGAAGUUCCGUUAAGCUCAUCUCUUUUCUGCUGGUGUUGUGACUCUGCGUAUUCAUGAGAGGGGGAAAUUAGCCUAGCUGUAAUCCACGGUGGACGAAUAGGAAUUAAGUCACUCCUGGUGGGUUACAUAUUGCAUCUUGAGCCGAUUAGUUUCGGCAGACUGAUUGUCUUUACUAUGAUAAAAUUAUAUAUUUAAUAGGUGAUUCUUUAUGUUCUACUAUUGUACAUUUUCCAGAGUUUUAUGCAUCUGGGCCCAUACAUUAUAGUUGUCAGUGGUGUCAUGGACUGACAGUCGUGUCCUAUCUGUUUAGUAGUGUUGAAGGUUCCAUUUUACAAAAUGGCUGCCCAGAAAAUGGAGUAGCACACCAAGUACAAGUUCUGGUAGGAUUACAAGGCUGAGUAAUCAAAUCAAAUAAAAAAUGUAUUUUGUCAACA